GACUGCAAACCGUAGCCCAGGAAGGGAUAUUGGCCUGGGAUAUAUUUUACUCCACUCUCCUAUUUUGUGCUCAUCUCUCGAGGGAUAUUGGGUUGGGAUAUAUUUUACUCCACUCUCCUAUUUUGUGCUCAUCUCUCGUCUCCAUCAAGAAGACUACAAACCGUAGCCCAGGAAGGGAUACUGGGUUGGGAUUGGGAUCCAUACAACAUCAUUCUCUUGUGUUAUUGGAACUGAAUCCAGAUGAUUAUGGUUUUGGGUGGUUUGCAUGCAAUCAGCAUGAAGUGGCUUAGGAUAAGAUGGUAUGAGAGAAACCUGCUGGAGGUGUAUUUGCAGUUCAUUGUGAUGCUCUAGGCACCAUUUCUGAACUUCAGGAAAUUCCCAAGAGAUCCGUCAAUGAAGUAUCCUUGGGUCCACGCCUCAAAAUCCCACACAACUUAAAAAUGCCUUUCUCAAGUACCCUUCUGCUAAACCUGAAGACUAUCGAUGACCUAAGAGGAGGGAUAAGUCGGGAUCUGAUAACUUGGACCAACCUCGUUUGCUUUCUCCUCAUUCUAGCUGCCUUUUCCUAUGUCUCCAUUGAAGUCCCCCUCACCCCCUCCACUUGUUCAUUCCGCACACUACAGAUACGUUUUGGAAUCCGCCCGCUCUCCACCGCCGUUUCAUUCAUGGCUUCACUCAUUCUGCCGCAGUUACCCUUCUUGUAUGUUUACCCUGCUAUCCUACUGCUAUCCCUUUACCCCCCUGCUCGCGACCAUGCUCUUCGUUCGCUACAGGUUGUCCUCCCCAUCAAUAAGGUUUAUAAUAUUUUCAUUAGCACUGCGGCUGUUGAAGUCACGAAUGAACCACAACAAGAUGAAUCGAGUUCAGCAACUCGAGAUUUGGAAGCCAAUAUUGAAGCCGAGUAAGUCACCAUGUUUUUUCUGUUAUACCGUCGCGUUGCUUUUUGUGUUUCAGUGUUUAGGCUAAUAAGGUCUGUGAAUCGUGUUUGUGGCAAAAUAAGAAGUCGAGUAAGACACCAUGUUUUUUCUGUUACACUGUUGUGUUUUGGUGAUUGUAUGAAGAUUGAUAUUAUAAUUUUUAAAUAUCUAAGAUUUUUUUGUUA